CUAUUACAACGUGGAUCAUCAGUAUGGUGUUGGGGCAAUCACUCAACCAAUCGUAUUUGCAAAUUCGAUCAUUUAUGCUAUUCCUAUAAUUAUGAUGAAUUUAUUUUUAUCCAUGGCUUGACUAAAUCCAUACGAGAUAACCUACCUGAUGAUCGAUUUAAUCCAACAUUAUUAGAUAUGUCAUCGGUUGAAGAUCAUAACAGACAAUACUUUAAUUUUGUAGAAUUACCCUGGCAAGUCAUUAGCCAAAAAUUUAAUUUAAAUUCAUCAGUUAUAAUGAAUGGAAAUCAUUUAAUCUUUCGUCGCUUUUACCCUAGUAAUAUUAUGCACGUUAUUCAUGAUGAUUUAAUACCGUUAUAUUAUACAUUACGUCAAUAUUCCAAUUUAUACUCUGAUAAUAUUCAAGUAAUAUUUUUCGAUGAAGAACCACCUACUCAUUAUGCAUACCUAUAUAAUUUAUUUUCAAAUCGUUUACCAUUAUAUAAGAAAGAUUUAAUAUCUUUGCUCAACACUCGUAAUCAUAACAAUAAAAAUAAUAAUAAUAAUAAUAACAAUGACAAUGUGCAUGGAUCUCUCAUUUGUUUCCAACAAGUUAUCGUAGGGAUCUCCAAAAUGACUACUUGGUAUCAAUAUGGUUUCCAGUCAUCCGCGCCGCAAGGUCCAAUUCAAAGAAAAUUGCCUAAUACAUUUCCUUAUCGAACAUUUACACAAUUCAUCAUGAAAAAGUUAAACAUUCAUUGCCCAAUAUCGACCGCAUCUCAACUGGAGAGCGAUGAUAAUGUUAUUGUCAUCAUGUUACGACAUAGCAAUCGCCUUAUUAUCAAUGUAGAUCGACUGAAACAAUUUAUUGCAGAUAAAUAUAAGAGAAAUGUCAUUACCUUAUCCAUUGAAGAUAGCCAAGACUAUAAUAUAACUCAUCAACUAUCUAUAUUAUCGUGCCAAACCAUUGGUUUAAUUGGUAUGCAUGGUUCUGCAUUAAUAUUAGGAUUAUUUCUACCGCAAAAUUCAUUUCUGUUGGAGUUAUUUCCGUAUGCAAUUAAUCCUCAUCAUUAUACGCCUUAUAAGACUAUGGCUGGCCUACCUGAUAUCCAAUUGCAUUAUGCCAGUUGGACAAAUCAAAUUAGUAGUCAUUCCAUUGCUCAUCCAGAGUAUCCGAGUCAAUUAGGUGGAAUCAAUCAUUUGCCUCAUCAUCAACAAGAAGAAAUUGUUGGCACAGUUGAAGUUCCACUUCAUUCAUGUUGUCAAGAUCCAAAUUGGUUAUAUCAUAUUUAUCAAGAUACUGUUAUUGAAAUUGAAUCAUUCUCUCAACAAUUAACCUUAUUAUUCGAUCAACAAACUCAGUACUGGACAACUAACGAAGGUCAGCAUCGCCAUUUACAAUUUCCACCUUCACGUGUUGACAAUAUCACUUGCUCUGUUGGCUAUCAUCAAGGUAAAAGUAACAUCACAAUUACCUGGGAUUUACCAUGGACAAUAAAAUUGUGCAACCAACAACAACGACAAUCUUAUAAAAUUCUAUUUGAAAUAUGGCUACAACAAUCUAAUCAAGAAAGUGUUAUAGCCUAUGUAACUAAUGAAACUCGCCUCAUUAUUUCUGAUAAUAUUGAUCGAAAUCAACUUUAUUAUGCUUGGAUUAGGGCAAUAAUUAAUGACUCGACUAAAGGACCCUUUAGCAAUACGUUAUAUUGUCAUACU